UUUGCAGGGUAUGAACAGGAAGUAUAGAUUUGCUCAGCAGCAUGUGGUCUACAACAGCAAACUACUCAAGUGGAUGGGGUCAAGGUUUCAAGAGUUAAAGGUUCAUCCUGAGAUCCUGCGUUUCCCACUAACUUCCCCCAGCUAACAGAAUAACCCACGGCCCGUAACGUGCUGAAUUGCGGCCGUUUGUCUUCAUGCAGGUCUGUUCGGUCCAGACCGGGCUCGGCUUCUCUGCGCCACCGCAGAGGCUUCGCAAUCGCAUUAGGGUUGCUAAUGGAGGAGUGGGUUUUAAAACAAAUCCAGCACAACGCAUUUACCUUAAGGAGAAUCCUGCAGCACUGUUUCGCUCCGCUUCACCUGACCUUUCAUCUGGAUUGAUGACCGGAGAUCCCUCGGUGCGUAACUGGACCCCGGUGCUGGUGAGGAAACAUGCGGCCAGGUCUGUCCCGGUUCACACGGUCUUGUGCAACAGACGUGGAAGGAAGGUCACCAAGACACCACAAGCCACAAGCUCGCCGAGUCUGACCGGAGAGAGGAUGGCUGCGCCCAUGUGGAGAAUGAAUGGACUCUGGAGAAGGAUGGCAGGAGUUCUGGUGCUCUGCGCUCUGUUGCUCAGCAAUGAGGUGAUGUGUCAAGACGACUCGCCAGUGGACGCCACAGCCGCACCAGCAGCUGAUUCACCGGGAGACGUCAGUGCUGCGACAGAUGCUGCAGAUGCGGGUGCAGAUGCGGGUGCCUCUGCUCCCCCAGAUGUAGGUGCUGCUCCCACCGUUGGUGCCGGAGGAGAACCCGCCGCCACUCCUGCUCCCGGAGAUGUACAGGUAAAUGUUGUAACAGUACCUGGUAAAGACGUCCAGGAUGGAGAUACUUCAGGAACCUCAGGAACCACUGCUGCACCAGUUGGCAGAGCUGAUGCGGCUCCACCGGCUGAGGCUGCUAACCCCCCCACCGUUCCAUUAGUGGUGCCCGAUGUGAAAUGUGUUGGAAAGGAGGACAUCCCAGAAGGCAGCGCUGUCAAGCUGGAGGUAGCAACAAAUGAUUGUGAAACGACUAAAGACCUGAUCCAGACGAACCCUGCGCCCUGGUGCAACACAGACAAGUGUGACCUGAAAGUCUUCCAAGACGGCAACUUGGUGCAGAUUGCCAGCGAUGAUGCUCAGCUGAGCACUGUGGCCAAAGUGCUCCAGGGUGAAGCUUUGAAAGACAAGCUGGGUGUGACAAACGUCGAGGCCCCGUCAUCAUCAUCAGGUUCCUCCGUAUUUGUGGGAUUACUGGUCUCUGGUCUGCUCGCCGCCGUCGCGAUCACUGUGGGUUACUGCAAAUGCCAGCGCAGGCCUGACGACAAGGGAGUGAGGCUGGCGGAGGAGGCCCAUCCAGCCGAUCAGGAGAACCAGGGAAACACUCUCGUCUCCGUGGCCCCCCUCAACCCCCCUCCAGAGACCCAGGAGAAGCCCAGCGUAAACGGAGAGUCCCCCGAGGCGGCCAAGACCCAGCCCCCUCCUCCCACCAACGGCCACUCCACCACCAAGACGGCAGACACCGAGCUGUGAAAGAGUCUACGAAAAACUGCAGCCCACGAACUAACCCCCCCCCCCCACACACACACACAAACCCAUCCAUGAACACACACACACACACACACACAUACACACACACACCUAUGCAAUCUCACCUCCCUUUUCUAAACCCACCACAGAAAGUCCACAGCAGAAGUGGACAUCAGGGACUCUACAUCAGCGCUCCUCUUGUUACGCUCCCCUUGCCUCCUCCUUUUGGCCGCGUGCCUCAAUAAACAUCAGGAAAACUAGUCUGAUGACGGCGCCGGUGAUGGUGAUGGCGAUGAUUGAUGUCGGUGAUGACGAAGGCUUCGGUCCCUGGGUUGUUGACGGCAGGCGGCCUGGGAGCGAGGGACGGGGAGAUGGGCGGUUCUGGGUGGGAAGAGAAGUCUGUUUUAGCAUUAAUCAGCACUGGUUCCCGUGAUGACUGCGGCCCCUGGAGUCACAGCCACCGGCGUCUCUGCAUGACAUCAGGUUUAAAAGCUUCCUGUCAACCCUUCACCAGCAAAUCCACAGCACGAGCACAAAGAAAUCGCUUCUUAGUUUAUCCAAAAAGCCGUGACAGAGGAAGAGGAAACAAAUCACACUGCCUUGAAAUCUGUUUACAGACCUCUCACAGAGAAAACCAGUUGGGCUCUGAUCUCCUUUGAAUGAUUGAGUUAUUGAUCAGUCGGUGUGUAUGUGUGUGUGUGUGUGUGUGUGUGUGUGUGUGUCUGCUUUAAGGAUUCCUACACCUGCAUACAUACUGUGUGUGGACUGCAUGUAUGUAUGUAUGUCCGUACAUGCAUCUAAGCUUGCGUCACUGUAUGUGUGCGUGGGUCACGGGAAGUAGCGGAUUGGUCGAUCAAGUGUGCGAGUGAACGAUGAGUCCGAGCGUGCAUGUUACGUGUACAGUUUUGUAAAAUAAAAGAAAAAAAAAAAAGAAGAAAGAAUGAGUCGACAAAGUGAGGAGCUGCAGCAGUCGGUCCCCGUGGCGAGGAGGAAGGAGUAAGGGAAGUUUUUUUUUUUUUUUUUUUAAUCACACAGCGUUUCCUUGAAGAGAUGAAGCCGCGAGGAGUCCUCCAAUCUAUCACUGCAGACUGUAGUGGAAAUCAAUCACGAAGCCAACAGGCCUCAUUACAGUGGCUCCACCGUCACUGCUGAAAAGUCACGAAGACUGACUGUCUGACCAACAGACUCGUACGCAGAGCCUCUCUGUCCAUCCAUGCAUCCAUCCGUCAGUGUUAUUCUCUUUUUCCAAUAUACUGUAUAUGCUCUUUUUACUAUCAGUAUUCUAUUGAACAGUAUGUAUAGUAUGGUGCCCUUUCUUUGUUGUUGUUGUACUGUUUGUAUUGUGUGUACUCACACUUGUAAUGUUCCUACUAUGUGCCAAAAACAUUUCUUUUCAUAGCUAACGUUGUACUAAAAAUAUGAACUUCUGUGGCACCUUUACAAAUUGUGAUCCGGGUCAUACAACUUCAAGAAAAAUGUGUUCAAAGGCCACGACUGUAGGGCUGAUUAUUCUUCCCCCCUGCUGAGAUUAAGUUAAAAAAAAAAGCAAUCUGCAAAUGUUUCAUCAGUCAAAGUGGAACAAAGAAAAGUAUUUUGACAUAUAAAUGGGAUCAUUUCUUUCAAUUUUGUAUCAUUUCACUUUCUAACACUCCAAUCUGACUGUUUCAUUUUACUAUGCACCCUGUUUUUAAAUUGGAUUUAACGUGUAAAGAAUUAAAAAAAAAAAAAAAAAAUGCCAAAAAGUCA